AUGUCGGGCUACGUCACGGUCUACCAGAAGGACUACCCGUGGCCAGCGCGCAAACCUUACUUCCCACGUGUGGACCUCGGCUGCGUCGUCGCGGCGCCGGUGAACGAGAAAGACCUCCAAAAAUCACCAUUGACGGCGGACGAGGUGUGCAAACAGAGCGAAGACGCAGCCGAGGCGAGGCUCGGGCCUUGCCCCCACACCGAGACCAUUGAGUUCAGUCCCACCGACACUUGUCUGAAAAAGUUGCUCGACGACAACCCGAAUCUGCUGCACCUGAUGCCCAAGAAGCCGUCCCUGAACGCCCUCAAAAAGUUCAACCUCGAGAGGCUCAAGAGCACCUAUCAGGCAGACUACAACCACGCGGAGGACCAGAACAAGGUCGACUUGACCGGGCUGCCGGAGAAGCGGGUGCCGUGUCCGCUGGACGAUCCCGAGCCACCGGUGGUGGAUUGCCGGGUGCACAUGUCCGGCCGGGCCGAGAUGUUCCGGCGCAAACGCCUCGCCAAAAAGGACGAGUGCGCGGCCAAGACGUCCUGCACCGUGAAGCCCCACGUGCCACGUAGGAAGCGGCCCAUGGACGAAGACCAGCCCGAGUUCAGGAAGAACGCCAUACCCGCGUGGACGAGCGAGUACAGGGAGCAGAUCAACAAGACGGGGCUGGAGAUCGCCAAGGAGCUGAGCAUGAGCAAGAGGAAGAGGGAGAUUCUCAAGCUGAAGAAACUACUCAAGCCGAGGAUGAUUUGCAACAAUAACGAGCCGGAAGCCAAUAAUGACUCGGAUUGA